AACAAUUCCGACUCUAUUUACAAAAACAUGAACUAUGCUAUGGGUUUAAUCAAAGAGCCGAUGUCAGUGGACAAUUUGGAAACAAAUGGAGAGAGUCUGUUUGACCUGGUGGAUAGUGAGUGUGGAGGAGCAACGGUGUGUCCGAAAGAAGUCAAUUGGACGAAGGAUAACAGCAUCACGAUUGGAUUUCUCGGCGCUUACAUACGGAGUCAGACUGUGCUUGGGGCGUUGCCGCUAGCGGUGGCGGCUGUGAACAAGGCGCCCAGUCUGCUGCCGGGCCUGCGCCUGCGCUUCGUGGCGGCCGACAUCGGGCGCGCACGCCCGCAUCUACCCAUGGACAAAGAUAGUCUGUCUUUAAGGGUGAUGACUCAAAUGCGGGACCUGGGCGUGGUGGCAUUUUUCGGACCAGAUGGCACUUGCCACACCGAAGCGAAGCUAGCAGCUGCAUGGAAUUUACCUCUCAUUUCACAUAAAUGCACAGGAGCGCGCGGCUCCCGCGACACGGCGGGCCUCGGCGCGACAUUUGCACGCACGCUGCCGCCCGCGUAUAAAGUUAGCAAGUCUGUUGUCGCGCUCCUGAAGGCGUUCAGCUGGACCAAGUUUGCUAUAGUCGCUGGAGACGAGAUGACUGCAGCCGGACAGCAGAUGGACGCUAUUAAGGAUUUGGCGCAGACCAACGGCAUGAUAGUGACGGCUGAGCAUCGUUUCACAGACUACCUUCCUCGCAAGAUAUCAGAGAUGGAACUGAUAGUGGAACAGACGUAUGACAAGACUAGAGUAUACGUGUUCCUGGGCGAGCACAUAGCGCUGGUGGACUUCGUGAGCGUGCUGCAGCGGCGAGGACUGCUCAAGGAUGGCCAGUACGCGGUGGUCGCGGUGGACGACGAGAUAUACGACCCUAGCUCCGCGGAUAUCACUCAUGCUGAUCACCUGGGCCAGAACAGUUCCAGUGACACCCUGGCCUUCCGAGCCGUGCUGAAGUUGACACCAUCAUUCCCCAUAAACCCACAGUACACGGUCCUGUGCCAAAUGAUUCGAGAGUUGUCGGCGGCGCCACCCUUCUUUGUUCCCAACUACCACAAGAUAUUGUUUGAGGAUACAUCGGUAUCGAUAGAAGCGGCUCACCUCUACGAUGCUGUCAUCCUGUGGGCGCGAGCGGCCACCAAGGCCCUGAAGACUGGUCUUUCCCCGACAGAUGGCGCUGGUCUCAUGCGAUACCUGAAACCCACCACGUACAGAUCCGUGCAGGGGUUUGAUGUUAACAUGGACAGCGCCGGCGAUGCCGAGGGCAACUUUACUGUCAUAGGGCUUGUGGCUGACGCCUCCGCCCCCGCCGGCUGGAGCGCCCAGCCCGUCGCCACCUUCCGAUAUGCCAACUGCUCUACGCUACUGCCUGAACUAGUGGGCGGUAUAAACAUAGCCUGGAUCGGUGGUAAGCCGCCGGUCGCGGAGCCGGCUUGCGGCUUCGAUGGCGCCAAGUGCUCCCUGCCUCACGACCCUGGGGUCAUCUCGGCCGCUGCUGCUGUUGCCGCCGCUGCUAUACUCGCCGCGGCACUACUCGUGCGCCACUACCGCUAUGAACAGAAGCUCGCCUCAGUCCUAUGGAGGAUAGAAGCGAAGGACCUGACAUUUAUAUCGGCGUAUAAUUCGCAUAGCGGUGACCAUAAGACCUCAAUUCCUCAGGACGUGGAAGCGAGACGGGCACAUACUACCAUCGCUCUGUACAGAGGCAACAUAGUGGCCGUGAAGAGACUGCAGAAGAAGAGCAUUGAUGUCACUCGCGCCAUUCGGAAAGAACUGAAACAGAUCCGCGAACUCCGCCACGAAAACCUGGUAGCGUUCGUGGGAGUCUGCGUGGAAAGUGGCUCUGCUUGUGUCGUAUCAGCUUACUGUUCUCGAGGGUCUCUGGCCCGGGUACUGGCAGACAGAGACCUGCACCUGGACGACAUGUUCGUGGCGAGCUUGGUGGCAGACCUGCUGCGGGGGCUGACGUACCUACACGACUCCCCCCUGAUCUCCCACGGGAACCUCACGUCGAGCAACUGUCUCGUCGACAGCCGAUGGGUGCUGCAAAUUGCCGACUAUGGACUCCAUAACUUGAAGAGCGGUUGCGCCGACCAAGAGGACGCGCUGCGCCAGGAGCGGCGCAUGUUGUGGCGUGCGCCGGAGUUCCUGCGCGACAACAACCCCCCUCCCCGCGGCUCGCAGAAGGGGGACGUGUACUCCUUCGGCAUCAUCUUGUACGAGAUCUUAGGCCGGAGCGGACCGUGGGGAGAUACCAACUUGACUAAUGCUGAAAUCAUCGGUCGAGUGCGUCAUCCGAUCGGCGGCGUGCUAUUCCGACCGCCGUUGGGUGGUCUGGCGGCCCGUCCAGCCGUGCUCGCCGUCCUGAACGCUUGCUGGAGCGAGCGACCCGACCGGCGACCCGAUUUACGGCUCGUCAGGCUCCGACUCAAGGAUAUGCAUGCUGGGAUGAAGACGAAUAUAUUCGACAACAUGCUCGCUAUGAUGGAGAAGUAUGCGUCCAACUUGGAGACGCUGGUCGCGGCCAGGACCGAGCAGCUACUGCAGGAGAAGCGUCGGACUGAUGACCUACUCAACCGUAUGCUGCCGAGGACGGUGGCGGAGGCCUUGAAGAGAGGCGAGCGGGUGCAGGCUGAGAGCUUCGACUGUGUCACCAUCUACUUCAGCGACAUCGUCGGUUUCACCCGGCUGGCUGCCACUAACACGCCUAUGCAGGUUGUGGAAAUUCUGAAUGACCUCUACACGUGCUGUGACGCCAUUAUAUCGUACUACAACGUCUAUAAGGUGGAAACAAUAGGCGACGCGUAUAUGGUGGUGGCGGGCGCUCCGGAGCGGUGUUCAAGACACGCGGCUGAGGUGGCGUCGCUGGCGCUACACGUGCUGGACGCCGUGCCGAAGAUACGCAUGAGACAUAUGCCGGCUGCAAGACUCUGCAUAAGGAUAGGUAUCCACAGCGGUCAAUGCGCGGCUGGCGUGGUGGGUGUAAAGAUGCCCAGGUAUUGCCUGUUCGGGGAUACGGUCAACACUGCUGCAAGGAUGGAGUCCAGUGGAGAACCUCAGAGGAUCCACAUCAGCAAUGAUACUUACACGCUGCUGAAGCAGCAUGGCGGCUACCACUUCAAGGAGAGGGGCAUCGUUAAUAUCAAGGGAAAAGGAGAAAUGAAGACUUGGUGGCUAGUAGGCGAAGAUCACGAAAGAAGAAAAAAUUCUCUGUACCGAUUUCAACCAGGCUUACCUCGCAGCAUGGACGAGAACUCCGACCAGCCGUGGUGGGGCCCUGAGCGGUCGAUCGUCAACAUCCGCGAUCGCGCCCGGCUCUCGUGCGGGGGGUCCCUCGGCCCCGGCUCCGCGCUUUCCAGCCCGGGGCCCCCCGUCUGCGCCUGCUUCGUGCCCCCCCGGGACCACCACUCGGCCCCCGCUGUAUCCUUCUGCGAAGACUGACGUUAACAGGCCCAAGAUAUGCUUCCCUUUUUCUGGAUCAAAAAUGAUGAUUGGACUGAAUGUGUUCAAGAUAGGAAAGUGUCUUUAAGGGAUAAAAGAGCUAGGUUGAAUAAAGUAGAUAGGUUGACAGACGAUGUUAUGUUUAUAGAAAAUGAAGCGAUGAAUAGAUUUAAGGGUAAUACAGAUGGAGACAUCAAAAGUGAAACGGCUAGUGAGUACUUUGUUGCAGAUAACAGUGAUGCGUAUAAAAUAGUCUAUGGUUGUAUGAUUGAUAAGGAUAGCGAGGAUAUAUUGAGAUAUAAGGAGGAUGCGGCUUCUCGUGCCAGAGGCCUCGCUGCCCUCCAAAGGCUAUACUCUGUCGAUUAUGAUAACGGUACAUGGUUGUAAUAUGGUAACGAAAUGUAUCUAAGGGUAAAUUUAGA